AUGGCAGACCAAAUAACCGAAGCCUCCCUCAAGGAGGCCCUGACCAGUCGCCUCACGGCAGUCCACGUCGAGGUCACGGACAUGUCCGGCGGCUGCGGCCAAUCCUUCACAUCCCUCAUCAUAUCUCCUCAGUUCGAAAAGCAGUCCUCCCUCAAGCGUCACCGACUUGUCAACGCCGCACUCAAGGAGGAGAUCGCCCGCAUCCACGCCUGGAGCGCCAAGUGCCAAACCCCCGCCGAGUGGGAGCGCGAUCGCGCCGCUUCGGGCGUGAGCGAUGGGCCGCCCCUCGACGGUACGGUCGGCGGCAAGGUGGACGGCGUGAGUGGAUAG